AUGAAAAGUCCUACCAAGAGAUUAACAAAUGCGACCGUCUUGGUAUGUGAGCAGAAACUAGUCAUAGAACGUUUUCUUUCCGUUCUAUUUAAAUCGUCUCGUGACUGUCCAACAUGUGAUGUAGCCCUCGAAAACUUAGAGAAGACUCCACAGCCUGAGUUGCUCCACACUGAGAUUGUGAAGAAGGUGGUGUCUGAUGAGGAAGUAGCCGCUGCCUUUGGUGUCACAGAAUAUCCUGCCAUUGUGUUCUACAGGAAAGCCUAUCCAGCCCUCUACCACGGGGAACUUCAAAGCGAAGACGAUGUUGCAGAGUUUGUUGAUUGGCUGACAAAAGCUGUUUCUGUAGCAACCAUAGAGCUAUUCGAGGACUCGUUUGAGCACCUGACCCAAGCUUCGUCAGGGGCAACAACUGGGGACUGGAUGGUUCUCUUCUACACACCACAGAGCGAGGAGUGCAUACAGAUCCUCCCUGCCUUUGAGAAUGCAGCUAUCAGGGUUAAACACUGGAUGAACUUUGCAAAAGUCAAUAUUGAAACAAACAAAAAAUUGGCGGAGAGGUUUAAAAUCACCAAAUGUCCAACAGCCAAGCUUUUCAAGCAAGGCAAGAUGUACCACUAUGAGCCCCAGAAGUACGACUCCCACUCUUUGGUCUCCUUCGUUGAUGGCUGGUUCAGAAACGUCAAAUCAGUACCCGUACCUAGGGAGCCGUCCUCUUUUGACCUGUUGACAGAGUCCAUAGCUUUGUACAUCAAGGAACAAAUGGCGAGUGACAACAAACUGGCGUUCGUUGCUAUAGUAACGGGAGGAGUUGCCCUGUUGGUUGCCUUACUUGCCCUUGUGCUUCGAAAAUCCAAGGUGGAGAGGCCAAAACAGGAGUAGAAAGAAUGCAUCUAGAUGUGAAGAAAUAAAUGGUGUAAAUCUAUAGAAAAUUUUCUCCGAAAUAAAAUACAUGUAGCACGACAGUUAAAGACAAAAAUAUAACCAGAUUGAAUACUUGUAGCGAAAUAAAUUAUUGUAAUGUACCCGUAUAAGUUAUUUGUGUGCUGCUAAGCACUAGUUAAGCAGAAAUAGAGUGAAUUCAAAUAUCUAACGAAGUGCAAUGAUUAAACCUUAAUGUGUCCAUGAAACUCAAAAUCUUAAAAUUAGGGGCAACAUAUGUUUCCCCAAGUACAGUGAAAGUUAAUUCAUGUGGAUUUUCAAAGCACAAUACAUUUGUUUGAUGUUGAUGUAUAAGUAGUUACCGUGAGUGCUUCGAUGAUGAAUAUGUAGUGCAAUUUAUUAUAAAUGUUAGUGUUCAAAUUCUCUUUGUGUCCCGAAACCCAGCGAUAAAAGGCAAAACUGUAGAUGAGGGAGGAUGUAGAAAAAGGCAAAGAUGUAGAAAAUAAAAGUAUGAAAAUGUUA